AUGGCGCUCGGCGCGGUAUUUUGAACAAUCGUCUACGUUUCUGUGCUUUUUACUGAUAUGUUGCUCCGCCUGUAUGGACCGGUGAAGGAGUAUGUACGUUAAGGCGUUUCGAGACACUAAAAAUCAUAGCUUCAAGGGGAGAAACAAACCACCAGUGACUGAGCUGAGUGUAAACCUGCAGACAUGGACGUGGUGUCGCCAGAGCUGAACAGUCUGCUCCCUGAUGAGAUCAUGGACACAGAGGCCAUCAUCAUGGAUGACGACCCCCCCUCCGAGUCCCCUGCAGCCUCUGGCCAAUCACAGCCUAGUGACGACUCACCAGUCCCCAUGGAUACGGAUGUGCCCGCUGUCCCAGAGAUUGUAAGCCUGUGUUCGGACGCCCCUCCAACCCAGCUGACCCAAGCCGGGACCACCCCCACAGGUUCCACCCUCUGUAGCACCACCUCUGCUACCCAGCUCCUCCUCACCUCUUCCACGGUUUCAUCCUCCUCCCUCACCUUGCGACCCGCCACAGCCUCCACCCUAACCUCAACCACCCCUAAAACCACCAGCAGCCUCUCCCGGGUUAGUCUCACCUCGGGGGGCUUACAGAAGCUCUCAGCCCCCUUCACCCUCUCAGCCAACCACCAGAUCAUCCUCAACAAGGUGGCCUCAUCCCCAGGCGCAGACAUCACCAGGUCCCAAGGCACCACCACUACUACCACUACUCCAGGGGGCCAGCAGUUCAUGGUGACGGCCAUAGGGAAGUCUGGCCAGCCUAUUGUGCUGCAGCUGCCCCACACAGGCUCCAAGUCUGCCUCAGUGCAGGGUCUGGGGGAGGCCAAGGCCAACCCGCAGCAUUUCAAGGUGGUGACGGUCAGCUCCGCCAGUCAGGUAUCCACCCUGCAGGCCCAGCAGCUGAAGACUGUACAGAUUGCUCAGAAAACUCAGGUGUCGUCGGCUGGACCAAUCAAGUUUGUCUUUACUAAAGCUGUCAACAACAAAGGUCUGACUGCCCAGACAUCAGUAUCCAAUGUCAUUACAGGUCGGGUCCUGUCCACAAGCAGCCCAGUGACCCCCCCGCGGACCAUCACCCUCUCUGAGACCCUCGGCUCCAGCUCCAGCAACAAGAUCGCCAUCUCCCCCCUCAAGUCGCCCAGCAAGUUGACAGUGGUGUCGGUGGCCUCACAGGUCCCCAACUCCCCUCACAAGUCAGUGUCUCUGCCUCUCAACAUGGCCCACCUGGGACAUCAGAUACUAUUACAACAGUCUACAUCCACCUCCCCAGCCAAGACCAUGAAGCCUGUGCAGACUGUGACGGUGGGAGGGGUGGGCGCCCCCCAAUUUAAGACCAUCUUUCCCCUGUCCACCCCGUCCAACGUGCAGCAGAUCCAGGUGCCAGGCAGCCGCUUCCACUACGUCAGGCUGGUCACUGCCACCACGGGCAGCAGCACGGGACAUGCCGGCAGCCCCAUCACUAACUCAUCCAUGACAGCCAAGCCCAUGGUGGUCAACACAACCCAAGUCAGGAUGUCUGUCCCCAUUGUCCCAGCACAGACAAUGAAGCAGGUGGUGCCUAAGCCCUUGACAUCGUCAGGCCAGGUGCUGACCACUCAGACCCAACAGAGGUUGAUCAUGCCCGCCACAUCGCUACCCCAGAUUCAGCCCAACCUCACCAACCUACCCCCGGGCACCGUGCUGGCGCCUGGCUCUGGGAACAUGGGCUACGCCGUGCUGCCCGCACAAUACGUCACACAGCUCCAGCAGUCGGCGUAUGUGACUCUGGCCAGCAGCUCUGGGUUCUCCACCCCUACAGGCAUCCAGACUCAGGCCAGACUGCCUCUCAAUGGCUUAUCAACAUCGGGCGCUGCCUUCAGACCACGGAAGCCCUGUAACUGCACCAAGUCUCAGUGUCUCAAACUGUACUGUGACUGCUUUGCCAACGGGGAGUUCUGUCAGAGCUGUAACUGUACCAACUGCUUCAACAACCUGGAACACGAGACCGACCGAGCUAAAGCCAUCAAGGCGUGUCUGGACCGUAACCCGGAGGCGUUCAAGCCGAAGAUUGGUAAAGGUAAAGAGGGCGAGUCGGACCGCAGACACAGCAAAGGCUGCAACUGUAAACGCUCCGGCUGCCUGAAGAACUACUGCGAGUGUUACGAGGCCAAGAUCAUGUGCUCGUCUACCUGUAAGUGUGUGGGCUGUAAGAACUUUGAGGAGAGCCCUGAGAGGAAGACUCUGAUGCACCUGGCCGACGCAGCUGAGGUCAGAGUUCAACAACAGACGGCAGCCAAGACCAAGCUGUCAUCACAGAUCUCAGACCUGCUUACACGGACCACUCCCGCCAUCACCAGCGGAGGGGGGAGGAUGCCCUAUACGUUUGUGACGAAGGAGGUGGCGGAGGUGACGUGCGAGUGUCUGCUGGAGCAGGCUGAGCAGGCAGAGCUGAACCAGCAGCCCCAGGCCACCGCAGAGAGGAUGAUCCUGGAGGAGUUUGGACGCUGCCUCAUGAGGAUCAUCAGCUCGGCGGGCAAGACAGACUGUCCCUCCAUCAACUGCUAGGCUAGGUCCAUGGGCUCUCUCGAUUUGCCUCUCACCCAGCGCAGAGAGAACUCGUGCCUGGGAGACUGAAAGGGUGGCUCCCUUUCUCCCCAAGCUCCAGAGCUAAACAUUGGGACUGGCGAGUGGUGGUGACCCCUGGGAGGUCCUUGGUUUCUCUGUCUCCCGGGCUAGCUAUCCCCAUAGACAUUGGAUUGGGAGGAGAGUAGACUGCCCCGUCAACUGUUAUCUAGCUAGACCCAGCACCAGGAGGCAAGGACAGCCCUGUGCACUGCUUACCCACCCUCAGAGCUCUAGCGUUGGGAGAACUAAGGGACAUGAAUUGCUAUAGCGCUGGUGCUGCUCCUUCUUCACAGUUAGUGGGAAUAGCCUUGGCUGAAGGGAGGGUCUGUCCCCAUGCCUGCCUGAAAAAACAAGGAUUGUGGGAGAGACUCGGCAGAGAUAAAGUGCAAGGGUAGAGCAAACGAGCGGGACCAGGAUUUGGGUUUUAACCAGUUCUUGGUUUCGGUGCACCCUCUUACUGAGUGGAAUAGCACAGUUUGUUUGUGUGUUUGGAAGGGGGUUGUUUUAGACUUACCAUGCACACUUUUUGAUAAUAGGUAUUUUUACAUGUUUUGUUUUUUCUUCUAAUGUAUUUUUCUUCUACCAUCCUAUCAUGGCUCUGUUUGUCCCUCUUUCUCCCUCUCCUUCUCUCUGGUGUGAUAUUAACAUGUUUUAAUCAUUUCUGAUGAUUCUGGAUGCAGAGGAGGAUUCUUCAGUUCGUAGCCCAGGUUCUAAUCAUGAUGCUGAUCUCUCUACAGUAGCUAGCUUUUACUGUAGCCCACAAGAUACCCCCACUAUUUAUUUUCCUCAGCCAGUGUUUCAACUUGUGCUUAGCAAAAUGUCUCAGAACAAAUUCUAAAUUCCCACUUUUGAUUUUAUCAUGGAUAUGGAUUCUAUUUGCCAUUUUUAAACAACUAAUUGGUAAGUAUUUGAAUUUACAUUCACCAAACUGGGUUUUGGGGUAGCAUAGAGUCCUGUUGCUGACACUUUCAGGUAGGGUAAAGUUUCACAAUAUCAAAUCCAAGUUAUUUGCUCUGCUAAAGUGCUUAUGGUACUCUAAACUAAAUUAAUUGUGAAGGUAUGAAAGUUCUCUACUUUUAUUAGGUACAUAGGAAUAUUGGAAUCUAAGUGCCCCUACUUUAACUUCUUUGUGAAUAACAAAGAUGUAGAAUAAUGUAUGUAGAAUAGUGCACACACAUCCAUGUUGGAUCACUGUCGAGCCAGGGGCAGAUUGUUUGAUUGGAUAAUGAAUCUAGCCAUAGUAUCACCGUAUGUCAGGAACUAUUUUAGCAUAGCAGAGUGCCUUUAGUCUACAUUGAGCUGAUGAUUGGGCAUGGUAACAUUGUUCUACAACGUCAUCAUGGAUUAGGCUACCAGGUAACACAUGAUUUGGCCUCUGUGUGUGUCACACUAACUCUGCCCAUCAAGUGUGUGUUCAACAGCAUCUGGGUGGUGUUUCUAAAACGCGUUAUAUCAUGUCCACUAGUCUGGCUAACACACAACUCUCAAAGUCCUCCUGACUUCAGUCUGGAAUGGCUCUUCCAUGUCGGCACAAUGCUUCGAUAAUGAAGAGGGCUGUGCUUUUACUGGUUGGUUCUCUUCCGUAUUAUUCUCACUCAAACACCCACAUGCAUGGCCACACAGCCCCCCGAGCGCUGCCCCUUCCAUUACAAUGGUUGUAUUUUAAAAACAACGAGAGGUCUCGACCUCUGAGGGGAAAAAAUAACAUUUGAUUGAACCAAUCAAAGCCAUCGCUCAAUUUCUGAGUGAAUAUUGCAUUAACGGCCUUCUUUCCAGACCAGUGUACAACAGCUGUCCCUGUGCUGUGAGUCAUGUGGGUCGUGCCAGCCAGGCUACAUUUCCCCCUCACAAAGCCAAUCCCUCUUUAUGUUUUUGUAUUGGGGUGAGUCUUGUGUGUGUUUGGGUGUUGUUUUUAAAAUACUGUUAUUAGUUGUAGAUUUAUUUCCCCCAGGAUACCUUUGCCUUACAUUCCCCACUCUGCUCAGGGCAUUGAAGGACUUUUACUACGUUGUCAAUUGUUUCCCCCAAUGUUGUUGAAGAGACACACAUACUUAUUAAAACACAUUUAAGAUCUAUCAAAAAGCAGGCGUUUGUUGAUAUAGAUUGCCCUUGUCCUAAAGAGUCAGAGUAUGACCAUGUUAUACACCAUCACACAUCAAUCAAUCAAUCAAGUUUAUUUUAUAUAGCCCUUCGUACAUCAGCUAAUAUCUCGAAGUGCUGUACAGAAACCCAGCCUAAAACCCCAAACAGCAAGCAAUGCAGGUGUAGAAGCACAUCCUUUUUAAAGUUGUAAUCAUCCCUAUGCACUGAACUUUGUUUAUUGUAUGGAUGAUCUUGCUGGAUGCUAAAGUUAUUACAAAAUUGCUGUAGAGGAGCAUCAACAAUUGGUUUGAGCAGCAUGAUGCAUCCCUAAUAAAACACAUUUCUCUAGGCCCUGUUCAGGAGGGUGCAAUGUUACAGAACGUUCAGAUAGAAAUGUAUUGUGUAGAACUAAUACAGUGGUAUUUCAAGUAGAGGAUUGGAAUUGUCUGCACUAUAUGUUACAUUUCUAUUUGUAACAUUUGUUGAGUCUCCCCUCAUUGAAUACAGCCCUAGUAUCUAUUGUCAACCCACAAAGUGGGACGUUUCAAAGGGCUUCCAAUAGUUGAGCACAAACAGAACGCUGCUCUGAAAGUGCUCUGCUCAGCUCACUCCCUCAAUCUGAUGUUGAAAGGUGGUGGGAAAUUGUUUUUAGAUUGUCUUCUAACAGAGAAAUGUAACAAAAAAGACAUUUAUAUUAUCAAUAAAACUAAACAGCAAAGUUGUGCUCUGUGAACAGAAAAGUUCCUAUCAAAUCUAUAUAUUUCAGGAGAAACCUAGCCUUCUAUCAGGUAACCUAAACCAUGGCAUCUGCUAGUACUCUGUAAACUAGACAAAACAAUAAACCUUCUUUGUACCUUCUCAAUGUUUGCAAUACCAGGCUUUUUUCACUGAGGGUGUCUGUACUGAACUGAUCUGUGUAAAUCUGUUACCUGCUGCCCCUCCAUGUAUAAAAGCCCCUGUGCAACGGCUCAGUAGUACUACUUGUAUUUUGGUUGUUUGAUUGUAUAUCGUAUGUUAAGUGACCAUUGUCUGUAUUACUUUUUAGGUGAAAUCAUGUUUGUCUUUUUUCUUAUGUCACCAUUCUUGUAAACAUCUCUUUCUGUCUGCAAUUAUUUAUCUCAUGUUAUCCUGACUAUAACACAGUAUCACCAAAAUUAAAGUACUUUUAAUUAUUUUCAGAUUUAUAUUGAGUAAAGUGUAUGUAAGUUGUUGUGACUGUAAUGUAAGAAAAAUACAAAGCAAAUACAAUUUAUACAGUUCUGUAAAAAAAAUGUUUUCUCAAUCUUUGCACUAAAUUGCAGUCAUAAUUUACUAA